UGGGGUGUCCAUUAUAGAUUAAAAAUUUCUUCAAUCUAAAGCCUAUCAAGCUGUGACGAACAGCACUCAGGUGUUUUUCAAUCUUUUUUUUUCCUUAAAGCUACAAUGUUAUCCGGAUCUGCAGGCGUUAGCAGUGGGGUGAAUUCCUACGGAAACGACCGAAACGACAUAGAGUAUGCAAACGAAAGCGGAAUCUUUCAUGCUGAUUAUAAAAAGAAUGAUGAUCUCAUACAAAUGUUGGACAGCAAUAAAGAUAAUUUGAAAUUAGAGGCAAUGAAACGAAUUAUCGGCAUGGUUGCAAAAGGCCGAGAUGCUUCCAAUUUGUUUCCUGCUGUUGUGAAAAAUGUUGUUUCGAAAAAUAUUGAGAUAAAAAAACUGGUUUACGUUUAUUUGGUUCGCUAUGCUGAAGAACAACAGGAUUUGGCAUUACUAUCUAUUUCAACAUUUCAACGAGCUUUGAAAGAUCCGAAUCAAUUAAUUCGAGCUAGUGCAUUACGAGUACUUUCAAGCAUUCGUGUCACAAUGAUUGUACCAAUUGUGAUGUUGGCUAUAAGAGAUUCUGCUUCAGAUAUGAGUCCUUAUGUGCGAAAAACAGCUGCUCAUGCAAUACCUAAGCUUUAUAGUUUGGACCCGGAUCAGAAAAACGAACUUACUACUGUAAUUGAAAAACUGCUAUCUGAUAGAACUACCCUUGUUGUAGGUUCGGCAGUAAUGGCAUUUGAAGAAGUUUGUCCUGAGCGCACAGAUUUAAUUCACAAAAACUAUCGAAAAUUUUGCAAUCUAUUAGUUGAUGUGGACGAAUGGGGCCAGGUUUUGAUUAUCAAUAUGCUCACGAGAUACGCAAGAACGCAGUUUGUGGAUCCAAAUAACGACGAUUUUAUUGACAUCAACGAAAAUAAUAAACCGUUUUAUGAUGAUUCCUCGUCAGGGUCAGAGAAGCAAAUGAACUUGAUACCUCCGCGAAAAAAUUAUUGUUUGGAUAUAGAUCAUCGACUGCUAUUACGGCAAGCUAAACCACUGUUACAAAGUCGUAAUGCUUCCGUGGUUAUGUCUGUUGCUCAAUUGUACCAUCACAUCGCCCCUAAAGAUGAAGUAACGGUUGUUGCGAAGGCUUUGAUUAGACUAUUAAGAAGCCACAAAGAAGUGCAAAGUAUUGUAUUGACUUGCAUUGUUUCAAUGUCCGCCAAGAGAAAGACUAUCUUCGAACCGUAUUUAAAGUCAUUUUUUGUAAGAACCUGUGAUCAAACGCAUAUUAAGUUACUUAAGUUGGACAUCCUAACAAAUCUAGCUUCUGAGAGAAAUAUUUCAAAUAUUUUACAAGAAUUCAAAACUUACAUAAGCAGCAACGACAAGGAGUUUGUAGCACAUACUAUUCAAGCCAUUGGGAGGUGUGCCACUUCCAUAUCAGAAGUUACUGAUACAUGUUUGAAUGGACUAGUUUUUCUGUUGUCAAACAAAGAUGAAAAUGUUGUCGCUGAAAGUGUGGUCGUAAUAAAAAAGCUGCUGCAAACACAAACAGAUGAUCAUUUUGACAUAAUAAUUCAAAUGGCAAAACUUCUUGAUUUUAUACACGUUCCAGCAGCGCGUGCGUCAAUUCUCUGGCUUAUUGGAGAAUAUAAUCAAAAAGUACCCCAAAUUGCCCCGGACGUGUUGCGUAAAUUGGCCAAAUGUUUUGUCAGCGAAAACGAUGUCGUUAAGCAACAGAUUUUAAACCUGGCUGUCAAACUAUAUCUCACUGAUCCAAAGCCGACAGAAUUACUUAGACAAUAUGUGUUUAAUUUAGCUAGAUAUGAUCAGAACUAUGAUAUCCGAGACAGAGCUAGGUUUUUGAAACAAUUUUUUCUGUCGACUGGUGAACAACAGACAUUCAUGUCACAAAGCGCUCGAAACGUUUUUCUUACGGUUAAACAAGCGCCCACGCUUAGUAAUAGAUAUGAAGUUGGCAGUCAAUUUCAACUUGGUUCUCUUUCUCAUUAUUUAAAUAUCAAAGCUAACGGUUACCAGGAUUUGCCGUCCUUUCCACAGAUUGCACCGGAUAAUUCAGUUCGUAAUGUAGAAUUGUCAUUACAAUAUAGACAAUUGAUUCAUUCUACGGAAACGGAAAAUAAACCACAUUUAACCGAUGAUUUGUAUGAAAAGAGGCAAGCCAAAGAAAAAUUAUUUUAUAUGGAAUCGGACUCCGAUACCAGUACUUCUUCAAAUAGCUCAUCGGAAUCUAGCUCAAACUCGAGUUCGAGUAGUGAUCAUCAGUACAACGACAUGCAAAACAUGGUAAACGAUGCAUUAGAAUCUUCCUUGCCAAAUUCAAGAAGUGAAAGUGAGGAUAGCAAUAACAGUGAAUGCAGUAGCAGUAAUAGUAAUUCUGAAGUUUACGAUAACCCGUCAAGUCAUGAUCAUUAUAAUUUUGUUGAAUGCACCCAAAAAUGCAGAAAAACUGUCAAAUGCACAGAAGCAGGAACGAAAAACUUUUCUAUGCCAAAUGUGGAAACCUUGCAACAAGAUAACUUAGAUUUGCUUCUAAACAUGAAUGAUAUUCCACCAGUGGGGCCUGUCAUGACACCCUCACUCGAUGUCUCCACACCAUCUAAAGAAACCAUUUUGGGUAAUCUUGGACAUGCUGUGAUUGACCCUAAUUAUAUACCUGUCAAAUCUAAUGAAUUACUAAACAAAGUAAACGGGUUUGGCCUUGAAAUCAGCUAUCGUUUUAUUCGCUCUCCUCAUAUUUUCUCUACUAAAAUGAUUUCUGUUGAGCUUGUUUUUACUAACCGUGGAAACAUGGAGCUUACUGAUAUUCUUAUUGGAAAAAAGAGUCUGCAAGCGGGAAUGCAUUUAAAGGAGUUUCCUCCGAUUCAGGUGUUAAAUCCGAAACAAUCAAGAACAUGUAUUUUAGGGUUGGAUUGUAAUGAUUCCACACAACCUGCUAACUUCGAAAUUAUAUCUAGUAGUGGCACUAGUUGUGUGACUCUUAAAGCUCCAAUUGGUGAGCUUAUUCAGUCAGUGAUACUUCCAGAAUCUCUUUUUGUUAGAGAACGUGCCAAACUGAGGGGAAUGACUGAACAUUCCAGUUCAUUCCAAUUGAAUAAAACUCUCAGAGAAGGAUUACUACAUGAACGCAUUUUUGAAGUGAUUAACGUGGCCAACAUUCAAUGCAGUGAAAAAGGUCGUUCAUAUUUUGCCGGUCAAACGAUAAGCUCUAAAAGCCUUGUGUUGAUAGUGUUACAGGUAGAAGAAAGUCAUACAUGUACUCUUACGGUUAAUUGUGACAAAAUGGUUAUAGGAUCUAUGCUUUUUAAUGAAAUAAAAACAGCAAUUAAACAAUAAAUAUUGUUCUAUUUCAAGUAUAUGUUUCAUCUGAGUUUUUUUUUGUAGCUUAACAGCGUGU